AUGAUGGAGUCUCUGAAGUUUGGUAUCGGUGCUGAGAAAGACAGCCGAGAAGUCCUUUUGCGAAAGAAAAGAUCUCCAAGGUUCAAGGUUGGUGGUAUCUUCCAGGGUGUACUGCUAGUUAUUGCGGCUGGAGUCCUCUCGACGCUCCUGCGUGUAUCGCUAGUCUCUCUUCAUCGUGGCACGCAGUCCCAACCCGCCAGCGCGUCUUCUGAUGCUCUGGAAGAUCCCAGCAGCGGAUGGAAGGACGACAUCUGGCCCAUCCGCGAACAGACACCUUGGGACAUCUCGACCGACUACAACUUCCCGCGCAAGCUCGAGUACGACGUGACGGAGGGCACAUGGCUGAGGCUCGAUGUGCACCCCCAGACGGGCGAGAUCGUCUUCGACAUGCUCGGCGACCUCUACUGCCUGCCCGUCUACGCGUACUCUCCCUCGCAGCUCGCGUCCGGCGGCAUCUCGGUCGCGCGGCGUGUCCUCCUCGGUGUACCGCAUGAUUCUGACCCUCACUUCUCCCCGGACGGACAAAAGCUCGUGUUCAGGAGUGACGCGGAACUCGGGGUCGAGAAUAUCUGGGUCAUACCGUGGACGGGAUGCGAGAUCAUGGACGUCAGGCGCGAUGACGCGAGCGGUCAGCUAGCGGCGGCGUUGCAGGUGCAGCACCACGAGGAAGAGCUCCUCGCGAGCGGUGUGAAGGAGAGCGCGCAGCGAAAGCACAACAGGCUCCUUAGCGAAGGCCGUCUCGCAGCUCAGCGCGUGACGAACGAAACGUACCGCUGGGUGUCCGAUGCGCGCUUCCACCCGUCCGGUUCGAGUGUCAUCGCGACGAAAUGGUACACUUCCUCGCGCAGCCUCGGCGCUGGUGAAGGCUGGCAGUACUCCAUUCCCAACCCCGGCACACCAGUCGAAGUUGGAAGUGGUAAGCGUGUGAUUGGUCGGACGCUCCCUCAAGGCUGGGGACCCGACCGCUAUGGAGACCAGCAAAUCGGUCCAGAACAGUUCAUCUGGAGGGGCAAUGACACACUGAUCUAUUCGAAGAAUGUGAGGGACACCAACGGCGCGUUUUCAUACAGCAAGGACGUCCAUUCUGGUAUCUACGCCAUCUUCUCCACCAACGUGACGUCGAAGCGCACUACCACCCUUGUUGAAGCGUUCCCUGGAGGUGCCACCAGGCCUGAGCUUUCCAGAGACGGUCGCACCCUCGCCUUCGUCCGCCGUGCACGCGAUAAGGAAGUUCUCGUUCUGAAGGACCUUGAAACAGGAACCCUACAGUACGUAUGGGACGGCCUGACAUAUGACCUUGGUGCAAUCUCUGCACCGAUGGGUACAUACCCUUCAUUCGCAUUCACACCUGACGACAGUGCUGUCGUGAUCUGGGCAGCAGGACGAAUAUACCAUGUCCCGCUGUCGACGAAUGCCCGCGGGGAGCGGAUAGCAGCCAGCACGCCCUUGCCAGUGCGUUUCAUUGCGCACGUUGAGAAGCGGCUCGCGGAGACAGCGACGGCGCGCACGGAUAUCUCAGCGGUGGAGACGGCCGACUCGCAGCGGGUGUAUGCGUUCCAGGAAUUGCGCAUUGACGACGCGGGCACGCGAGCGUUGUUCCAGGGAGCUGGCGCGACGUACGUGCAGCGCGUUGGUGAGGGCGCCCCGCGCGCAGAGAAGGUUCCGACUCUCCAUCUUGGCUCGCCGUAUUACUCGCCUUCGUUCAUCGUUGGCGCUGAUGACCUCGUUCUCCAUGCUCGGUGGUCCGACGUCAACUUUACGACGUUUGAGCUCGCGAAUCUCACGUCUGGCGUGGCGUAUGAGCUCACGGGGCUGCCCUUCGGUCGAUACUACUCUCCCAUCUUGUGUGAGUGUGCAGGUUCGUCUAGGCGCAUUGCGUUCGUGAAGACGGGGGGAGACUACCUUACUGGGGACAUCGUUGCGACGGCCGGGUCCGGGUUGUACAUCGGGGAAAUUACAUUGCCAUCGCCGGCGAACAAAGGGAGCUCGAUCCCCGUGCGCAACGUGCACCUCGUGCCCUCCGAGAUCGACGUGGAAGAUCUGCUGAAGUCACAGAUCCGCUUCUUGCGGAGGAACGCGAAGCUGCUCGUGCAAACGCCACGCCGCUCGUUUGUCAUUGACCUGGCUAAGGGGCCAAACGAGUUUGGUGACUACACGCAUGAGACUCUCGCUACCGGGAGAAUGUCCACCGAGCUCGCGGUGGUUCCCAAUGCAGAGGGGACUGUGAAAGCAGGGAAGGUCGCCUUCGUGGAAUUUUCCUAUGUGAACGUCGUCCCCCAUGUCGAGGCCGACGAGCCCGUCUGGAGCAAGCCUGGUAAUGCGACGGCUGGCCUUGUGCGACUGGGUAUUGACGGUGGACAUAGUAUCGCGUGGAGUCGGGAUGGGACUAAGCUAUUCUGGUUCCUGGGCCCCUUCCUGCACUACGUCGAUGUCUCCGAAAUCAGCGCAUGCUCUUCAGCUGCGGCUCAGGACCCCCUGUCGUUUAGCAUUUCCUGCAUAAAGAACCUUCCUCAAUUCCAGGAAGUAAUCGUAGAAUAUCCCUCAGGCAUCCAGCGUCUCAAGAGAGAAGCGGUAGCCUCACAUGGUGUGGGUGCGGACCCAGCUUCUCUCGCGAAUGCCGAUUUCCUCGUCAUUUUCAACGCGACGCUGCUGACUAUGGAGACGGGAGAGCUCCGUUCAGACUUGCUGACGGACGCCGUUUUGGUGACACGGGGUGGUGAGAUCGAGGCCAUAGUGGGUGUACAGGAACUGGUGCUUCCUUACGGCGCUACAGUGUUGGAUGCGGAAGGAGGCUUCGUUAUACCCGGUUUCAUCGAUGUUCACGCCCACUGGAAUGGGUUUGCCACUCAGCUGCCAUCGCGGUCUUGGGAGCUUGAGACUUUCCUUGCGUACGGCGUGACGACCCUGCACAACCCUAGCGCAGACAAUGUGCUUGGAUUUGCUGAGCGCUUUAGGGUCGAGCGUGGCCAAGUCGUGGGACCGCGGAUCUUCCAGGUCGGGGACGUCAUUUACGGUGCAGCUUCGCCAGGUAUCCAUCAGGACAUCGUCGAUAUGGCCGAAGCUCGUUCUGCACUCAUCCGGAUCAAGGUUGAGGGCGGUCCCUCCAGCUUCUCGUACAAGAACUAUAAUUUGCCCUCACGUGCAUCGCGUCAGAGGUUGCUGUUGGCUGCACGGGAGCUGAAGAUGCUCUGCGUUCCUGAGGGGGGUAUGAACAAUGAUUGGGACCAAACGUACAUCGUGGACGGAAUGACAACUAUCGAACAUGCGUUGCCGAUACCUGCAUUGUACGAUGAUAUCCUCACGUUGUACGCUCUGAGUGGCACAGGCUCUACCCCAACCCACGUAGUAAACUACGGCGGUGUCAUGGGUGAGCAAUACAUCUGGGCAAAAGAAGACAUCGCGAACGAUCAGAAAUUAAGACGCUUCACGCGGCAUGACAUUCUGGAAGGUCUGUCGGAGACGACCUCGAGACCUCGAAAUUCUUACGCUCUGUUCAACACUUCCAUCUCGACGGCGAAGAUGGUUCGCAAGGGCUUGCGUGCCCAUAUCGGCGCUCACGGUGAACCUCCACUCGGCUUCAACUUCCAUGCCGAGAUGUACUUCACGAAAGAAGGUGGACUUUCCAACUACGAAGUUAUCCGUGCUGCCACGUCAGAUGCUGCAAUCACUCUGGGAAUCGACGAGUCACUGGGCUCUCUCACCCCAGGCAAGCUUGCGGACUUCAUCAUAUAUCAGCCUGGAGUCGAUCUCCUGGACGAUGACAUCAGCGCGACGAGGAAAAUACGGUAUGUUGCGAGAGGUGGUAGGUUGUGGGACGCCACGACGAUGGUGGAAGAAUGGCCUGUCAAAGGGAGGCGGGAAGCCAUGCCUCCAUUGAAUCCGGAUCCAUGA